UUUAAACAGCUUAGAUUUAGGCAUGAUAAUUAAUGCACUACUAACAGAAGUAAGCUUGAGCUGAUUGGUUUAAACAGAAGAUGAUACAGAGCUUAACUGGAGCAGAAGAAUCAAAAUCGCGGUUGAGGCGGCCAGAGGAUUAGAUUAUCUUCACCGGCGCGGGAGGCCGAUCAUUCAUCGUGAUGUCAAAGCCUCCAAUGUCCUCCUGGAUGUCGUGAGUUUCUGUGAUUGUUGUUUUUUCAAUGCUUAUGAUUAUAGUUAUGUACACCUCCAAUGUCCUCCUGGAUGUCGUGAGUUUCUGUGAUUGUUGUUUUUUCAAUGCUUAUGAUUAUAGUUAUGUACACCGAUCUUCACUGCAAUCAUCAACCAGAUAAGGUUAAUAUUGCAGGACUUCAAGGCCAAGCUUUCGGACUUUGGAUUGGCUAAAUAUGGACCCGAAGGUGACCAGUCCCACGUUUCCUCGAGGAUACUUGGCACAAGAGGCUACUUUGCUCCCGAAUACAUUUGGACAGGUAUUUUGCUCAUUCAUGAACCAUAUAUACAAUGGUACAUGUGAGAGAAAUUUAUGGACUGAUGUUUCUUUAUCUUCCAGGGCAUUUGACGCUAAAAACUGAUAUAAAGAGCUUUGGAGUGGUGCUCCUAGAGAUCUUUUCUGGAUAUGGUGCAAUCAGGAAACAUUCAGAUGGGGCGGAGGGGAAUCUUGUACAGUGGGCUGAACCCUAUCUUAGCAACAAGCUGGAUAUGCAUAGUGUACUCGACAAGAGACUUGAAAAGGACUUCCCAAUGGAAGUUGUUCAAGAAUUUGCUGAGAUCAUCCUCAGAUGCCUUAGUUCAGAUCCUAAAGAGCGACCAACAAUGACUGAAGUUGUAGCUGACUUACAGCGACUACAGCAGCACUACGAGGAAAUGGGCAAUCAGAAGAAACCCAGAUCUUCUAUAUGUGCCCCAUGUCCUCCCUCCUCUAGUGAAAACUUCCAUAGAAGAAAGGGACGCCGCAUCUUGUAAGAUCAUAUAUACCCCAUGAUACCAAAGUUGUAGCUCAGGGUAGAUUUAAUCUUGUCUGACCACCAAAA